GUUCAACUAUAUAAUUUCAUAAACAGCCAGAGCGAGUUACAGCCUUUUCUACUGCAGAGCGAUACGACUGCUCAGUCCUGUUUGGAAUGCUUCAAAAACAUUAUCAAAUUCUUCCUUACAUGGCAGAUGAUAUUUAUCGUGUACGACUCACUGAACCACUCUCUCAAGAUACUACCCAAAAAAGCAACUAUUCAAGCCAGAAGCAUUCAAAUAUCCAAACUUCUGAAGGUAUCAUGGUAAAUAUUGCUGAUCCAACACUUGCAGAAGCAUUCUUUUUUUCCAGCGGUACCUUUGUGACGUGGGGUGCAACAGAUGAGCAAAACGAGUUGAUCUUGGCACAAGUGAGAGACUGCGAGAUCAAUCGAUAUAGCAAUGUUGAAACGGAGUGGUUUGACUACUUUUAUGAUUUUAAUCAACAUGGCAGUAUGGCAUCGGAUAUCAUUAUUUUAGGAAACGAUCACCCACUUGAGCAAGCCAAAUUAGCGUAUUCUGCAGGACUGGCGCGAUCUGUUAAACUUGCUUCAUUGGAAAUGCUGCUUGAAGGACAUUUGAACAAAAACCGAGGGAUUCCAGAGAUUCUUCUUAAAGGCAGACGUCUUCCUGUAGGAAGAGCAGCGAUUCUCCGAAACCUUGGCGAACUUUUUUCACUCCGUGCACAUGUAAAUCUCAACUCUGAGCUUCUUGACAAUCCAGAUUUUUGCUGGUCCAGCCGUCGAAUGGAGGAGUAUUUUGAUCGAAUAUCCCGUAGUUUAGAUGUGCGACCACGUAUUGCUGUUUUUAACAAAAGACUAGACUAUGCAAACGAAGUAGCCGAGGUUUUGCGCAACCAUCUUCAUGAGCAACACUCGCUCAAACUUGAAUGGUGCAUCAUUAUAUUAAUUUCAGUAGAAAUUGCAUUCGAAUGUGUUCAUUUCUUGUCACGAGCUGCAUAAAAAGCAGCCAGGGUUGUAUUAUUUUUGAAAGACUAAACCGAUAUGGUUUGUUGGAGUGGAAUAAAUGUAGGUUUUGGACUA